UUCUUUUUUUUUUGACUCGGAAAAUUUCUCUGCGGAAAGCAGAGAUGAAUCUCGCGAUUUCACUCCGCCUCGCGCGCGCUUGAGACGUACUGUCAACAAAAAUACCUAGCCGCUUGGCAUUACUUGAAAAUAGAUCGGCAACGGUUUAAGACGUCCGCGUCGCGUCGUUGUACGUUCGACCCACCUAGUGAGUGAAUUGAGUUGCGCUCGAUCGACAAGCUCGUCUCUGUCGAGCCCCAUUUUGGGUACCGGCUAUCUCGUAAAUAUUUUCCAGCAAGAAAGACUUACUUUUGACUUCUUGCCAAAAAUUAAUUUUUGCAUUCGAUAUUAUGCCGUUAUUAUGAUGACAUUGUGUGCCCUUGGCGCUGUGAUUUAGUGAAAAGACUUUUUAGAUUCUAGAACAUUAUCGCGAUGUCGUCUAAUGCCAUACCCAGCUCGUCCAAGUAUACGGAGAUUUACGGUACACCUCCGAGCAGCCCCGCGACAAUGUCCGCGUUCUCCAGAGCAGUCGGCGCAGCCGCAAUCAUGACGAACAAACAGGCCUCGAACCAGACCCAGACCCAGAUUCAGAAUACGGGCAACCCCCUCGGUUUUGCCGCGGUUCUUCUUCAAGGGGUCCAAGCUGGCAGCGCAGGAGGCGGUAGCAGCAGCGGUAGCAGCAACAACAGCCAAAACAGCCAGGUCGGCGUGUCUCCAUCGUCGCCGGCCAGUGUUAAUCAUCAGGCGAAUGGUAGCAACGAGCCGAUAGCAUCGCGACGCCAGGAUUCCUCGUCCACCGCACGCCGACAGGAAAUCAUCAAGAUGACUGAGCAGUUGAUCGAGAGCAUCAACACCGGAGAUUUCGAGGCAUACACAUUAUUUAAAGAAAACUCGAUGAUAAAAGGAAACAUUGGCGGAAAUGGAACGAUUCAGGAUACUAUAUAUUAAGUGUUUGUUAAAGAAAAUUUCAUCAUUCGAUGAAGCUUUUUACGUGAAUAUUGAUAUUUUAAGAUAUAUUUUUGUUUUACACUUUAUGUUUGUUAAACCGCUAUUAUUAUAUUUACAUUUCAUCAAUACGUAUUAUUUAAAAUUAAAGUUGGGCGAUUGGCGAUUAAAUUAGCCAGAAAUAGUCGAUCCCUCUGAUAAUAUUGUUCAUGUACAUGGAAGUUAAUGAGAAUGUUGAAGCUUUAUGAUAAAUAAUUAUGAUAAAUAAUAAUUACUUACGAUUAAUUAAA